CACCAUCACUGCAGAGUGGAAUGGUGUCAAUGUAGCUAGUUAACUGCAGUAGUCAAAAACUGCGGAUGUGUGUCCGUUUGUUCUAUUCGUUGUCGUUUAAGGCAUGGAAUUACGUCAGUUUUGUCCGGCGUUCAUUUUUUAUGAUGUAUGGGGUUGGAUGAGAUAGGGAAAAAUUUGUGAAUGCCUCCUAUUUUAUUACUUCGUGUAUUAAGGUUUUCCUCCUAUGGUAGUUGAAUAUAUAUGUAACAUUUAUAUCUAUCUAUAUAUAUAUAUAUACAUAUAUAAAUAUAUAAUAUUUUUUAUUUAUAUAGUAAUUUUGUAAUCUAGUGACAUUUAUAAAAUAACAUAUAAUACUUGUUGAAAUACAUAUAUUGUAAAAUUUUAACCCUUUGAUUCUGCCCAGACGGGUUUAGGUGUAAAAAUUUUAUUCAGUUUGAAUAGAAAUUUAGCAAACAUAAUGAUAACUUGCGAAUAUCGCUAAAAGAGAAGCAGUAGCUUCCUUACCCAAUAAGAUUCCUCUUGCAAUAUCUAGUCAGUUGUAAAAAUGUUAGAACCCUCGUCGUCAGAAGAAGAAAGCGAAAAUGAAACAGUCGAAGAAGAGAGUUCGGAAGCUACAGCGCUGUCUGCUUCUGCGACAAAUUUGGAUAUCCCAAGGAGUAGUAGCAUUCCCCGUAGCAUAUCGCCAGCCAGUGGUGCGGAUAACUUAAGCGUGGUGAGCAGUUCUCAGUCUAGAUCGAACAGUCUAGCUCGACCUUCUAGUCCCAGUCCAUCUCUGGUCAGUGAGAAAGAUAAAGAAAAAGAUGAAGUUGAUAAAGCUGAGAAGGAGGAAGAAGAGCGGAAGAAGCGUCUGCAGCUGUACGUGUUUGUAUUGCGCUGUAUCGCAUAUCCAUUCAAUGCAAAACAACCUAUGGACAUGGUCCGUAGAAAUUUGAAAGUCACGAAGCAGCAGCUCGAAACAAUUCAAGGACGUUUCCAAGCGUUCUUCAAGGGGGAGACAACUAUUGCAGCAGAUGAGGCCUUCAAUAAUGCAGUACAAAACUACUAUGAAGUUUUCCUUAAGAGUGACCGAGUAUUGAGGAUGGUACAAAGUGGUGCCUGUUCACAACAAGAUUUUCGUGAUGUUUUUAAAAUAAACAUUGAGAAAAGAGUUCGCAGUUUGCCUGAAAUCAAUGGCCUUAGCAAGGAAACUGUCCUCACAGCAUGGUUAAAUAAAUUCGAUGCAAUACUUCGAGGGGACGAAGACACUCGAAAACCUCAAAGUAGGUUACAGCAGAAUGUUGCCUCUGAACUUAUAUUAAGCAAAGAACAGUUAUAUGAUAUGUUCCAGAAUAUUCUAGGCAUAAAGAAGUUUGAACAUCAGCUUUUGUAUAAUGCUUUGCAGCUGGAUUCUCAAGAUGAACAAGCUGCUGCUAUACGACGAGAACUAGAUGGCAGAAUACAAAAAGUGAAUGAGAUGGAAAAGAAUCGAAAAUUGAUGCCUAAGUUUGUGCUCAAGGAAAUGGAGAGUUUGUAUAUAGAAGAGUUACGUUCUUCCAUUAAUCAGUUAAUGCUUAAUCUUGAAAGUUUGCCUGUAUCGAAAGGUGGCGCUGAUGGGAAAUAUGGUCUACAGAAGCUCAAGAGAUAUAACCAUAGCCGAUCAAGCUAUCUCUCGGCAUCUGCAAAUAUAUGGCCUGAUUGCAGCCCUCUUAAAGUUGUAAUGUGCCUGCAAGCUCCCCUCUGGAUAAUCAUUUACAAUGCACUAGUCUUUUCUUUUACUUACAUGAGUCAGUCAUCACUAUCCAAAGAAGCUCUAGCAGAAGAUGGAGAAACCUCGCUCUCUAAGCUUGACGUUGUCCUUUCAUUCACGUUGGAGGUAGUAGUAAUGGAAGUUAAAGGAUUAAAAUCAUUAUCACCUAAUAGAAUAGUAUAUUGUACAAUGGAAGUAGAAGGAGGAGAAAAAUUACAAACUGACCAUGCAGAGGCAUCUAAACCUAUGUGGGAUACACAAGGUGAUUUUACUACUACCCAUGCUCUGCCUAUAGUAAAAGUGAAAUUAUACACAGAAAGUCCUGGCUUAUUGAGCUUAGAUGACAAAGAACUUGGAAAAGUAAUUAUAAAACCCACUCCCUUAAGUCCCAAAACCCCUGAAUGGUACAAAAUGAUAGUUCCCAAAAAUGCCCCUGAUCAAGAUUUACGAAUAAAGAUUGUUGUCCGCAUGGAUAAGCCUCUAAAUAUGAAGCAUUGCGGGUAUUUAUUUGCGCAGGGAAAGCAGGUAUGGAAAAAAUGGAAAAAAAGAUACUUUCUACUGGUUCAAGUUUCACAGUAUACAUUCGCAAUGUGCAGUUAUCGAGAAAAGAAAUCGGAGCCUACAGAGAUGAUGCAGCUAGACGGGUACACUGUAGAUUAUGUUGAACCAGUGAUGGAUCUUGAAGGUGGGAGGUUUUUCUUCAAUGCGGUCAAAGAAGGAGAUAGUGUUCUCUUUGCCAGUGAUGAUGAAAAUGAAUGCCAUUUAUGGGUUAUGGCUAUGUACAGAGCAACAGGCCAGUCCCAUAAACCAACACCACUUAUUCAACCACAGACUAGCAAAAAUUCCACUAUUUCUAGGCUUCAAGGAGAUGCAGAUCGAGCUCGCAAACAUGGUAUGGAUGAAUUCAUAUCAGCAGAUCCUUGUAAAUUUGCUCAUCACACAUUAUUUAGAACUCUUCAAACCACAACACUUGAUUAUCGUCUAAAUGACCCAUAUUGUUCCUUGGGAUGGUUCAGUCCAGGGCAAGUUUUUGUUCUUGAUGAGUAUUGUGCUCGCUAUGGAGUUCGCAGUUGUUAUCGUCAUCUCUGUUACCUGCAUGACUUAUUGGAUAGAGCAGAGAAAUCAAUCAUGAUUGACCCUACUCUAAUACAUUACAGUUUUGCAUUUUGUGCCUCGCAUGUUCAUGGAAACAGUACUGCCCCACCAGGACAGGUUGCCACAGAUGUGAGGCCUGAUGGUAUUGGUACAGUCACUGUAGAAGAAAAAGACAUUUUUGCCGAGAUAAAAGAAAGAUUAAGGAUUCUCCUCGAAAAUCAAAUUACUCAUUUUAGAUAUUGCUUCCCCUUUGGAAGGCCUGAAGGAGCUUUGAAGGCUACAUUAUCUUUGCUAGAAAGGGUUUUAAUGAAGGAUGUAAUGACUCCUGCACCUCCAGAAGAAGUUAGAGCUGUGAUAAAAAAGUGCUUAGAAAAUGCAGCCCUCGUAAAUUAUACACGGAUAUCAGAACAGGCUAAAAUUGAAGGUACAGAAGCUGCCAAACAGCAGCAGCAGCAGCAACAACAACAGCAACCUCAAGAUGAACAAGAAACAGGAUGGAUGAAAAUGCAUCGCCGCAGAAAAAACUUGAGGAUUUAAUUCACUUAGCAGAACUUUGUGUUGAUCUUUUGCAACAAAACAAUGAAAAUUAUGCUGAGGUAUGUUGCAACUGUUUAGUUACUUUGAAUUCUGGAAUGAAUAUUUAAAUUUAUUCUUAAAUUGAAAAGUUUUUUCAGAUUGUUAAUAAAUUGCACCCAUUAUAUUUAUUCUGCAUGGUGUAAAUAUUCUUAUUUUUCACAUUAAUAACUUGGUAAUAAAAGGGAAUGAAGAAAAGAAGAAAAAAGGCAUUAUUUGCAUGUUGAACAUAAAAAAUCACAUCCUCUUUUAAGAAAGCAUUUUGAACUUGUCUUGUAUUUUGAAGUUUUAUGUAAUUAUUUAAUAAUAUUGUAAUUGAUUUUUAUUAAGUGCUGCUGAUUCUUUUGUAUUAAAAUUAAUCUUGUAUUCUUAUUGUCAUUAAUAUCAGUAUUUGAAUAGUAUUUGUUUGAAAUUAAAAAAUUGUGAGCAGAAAUUUUUGCCUGAGAAAAUGACAUAUUUAUUUUCA